GGCAACUCCGCACAGCCGUGCGCGUGGCAGAGUGGCAGAGUGGCAGAGUCCAGGAGCCCAGAGGCAGCCAGGUACCUGCCGUCAUGAUGGUCACAGCAGGAAACCCCUGGAGCUGGAUUCUGGGGCACCUCGUCCUUGGGGUCACAGGCUCCUCCUACCUAGGCGGGCACAUCAUCAAUGGCGAGGACUGCACCCCGCACUCGCAGCCCUGGCAGGCGGCGCUGCUCGUGGACAACGACCUGUUCUGCUCGGGCGUCCUGGUGCACCCGCAGUGGGUGCUGUCGGCCGCGCACUGCUUGCUGGACUCCUACAGCGUGGGGCUGGGCCUGCACAGCCUGGAGACCAGCCAGGAGCCAGGCAGCCGGGUCCUGGAGCCGCUCCUGUCCAUCCAGCACCCGGAGUACGACAACCCCUCCUUCGCCAACGACCUCAUGCUCAUCAAGCUGAAAGAGGCGGUGCCUGAGUCCAGCACCAUCCGGAGCAUCAGCGUGGCCUCCAGGUGCCCCCUGGCCGGGGAGGAGUGCCUGGUCUCCGGCUGGGGUCGGCUGGCCAACGGCGGACUGCCCAGCCGGCUGCAGUGCGUGAACGUCUCCGUGGCGCCCCAGGAGGUCUGCAGCGAGGUGUACGACUCCGUGUACCACUACAGCAUGUUCUGUGCGGGCGGAGGACCGAGCCGCAGGGACUCCUGCCACGGUGACUCUGGGGGACCCCUGGUCUGCAACAGGUCCUUGCAGGGCCUCGUGUCUUUAGGACACGUUCCGUGUGGCCAGCCAGGUACGCCGAGCGUCUAUACCAACCUCUGCAAAUUCACUGACUGGAUCCAGCGAACCAUCCACACCAGUUAGCCACGGGGACUGACACCAGUGAAGCUGACCGCCACAUAGAUCUUGAGGGAGGAAUUCAGAACUCUGGGUUCCAGACCCUCCUCCCUCACUGGAGGUAGACCCUCAGGUCAUUUCUCCCUCGGACACAGGGACGCAGGUCCCACCUUUCCUCUCUCAGACCCUGGGGUCCAGGCUCAACCUCCUCCCUCAGACGGGGUUCCAAACCUGGCCUCUUCCCUCAGAUGCAGAAGUCCAGGCAUGGCCUCCUUCCUCAGAUCUGGGGUUCCAGGCCCGGCCUCCUCCCUCAGACACAAGAAUCCAAUCCCACUUACAAUCUUUUCCUGCACACUGACCCCCUAGUGGCAUAGUAUUUACUCAGCCAUCAGGGAUUUUUCCCUUUAGUCCUCUUGCCCAAGAUUCAGAAAUAAAGUGUAAGAAAAGCA